AAACUUCCGCCGCCUUCAUUGCCACCGUUGGCAACGGCUGACUCACAAUUCUUCGGUCUGUUGACCGAUCUUCUUCAGGAGGUUGAGUCUCUAUCUAAUCAAGAAGAAGUGGAGUUAUGUGCCAAGAUACAGUCCCUGGGUCUGGAAGUCACUAAGGUUCCUUCAAAAUCAGCACAUAAUCUUGAUGAGGUGGAGAUUGCUAAUGAGUUGGAUAAGUUAUCAUCAAAGCUAAAGGAUGUAGACAAUAUGGUUUCCUCAGCAAUGGUGAACGAUCCACAGGUCAUGUCUCUCUUAAGCACCACUUCCGAUUUGUGGAUGCCCAUUGUUACUGCAAGUACGACU